GAGAAAGCUGUUGGUGUGCAGUAGGCUGGUUGUGCCCAGAACCCUGUCUGAAGAGGCGGAAAUAGUAUUGCUGCUGGGCUUGCAGUCCAGCCCUGCAGUGAGAAAUGAUCUAAUUUAUUAACCUGGUCUAGUUGAAGGUGUCCCUCUUCGUUGUACAAGAUUGGACUAGAUGAGCUUUGAAGUUCUCUUCCAACCCAAACUGUUCUGUGACUAUGAAACUCUUGGAGUAAAAAAGUAAGCUGGUAAGCCAGACCUCUUUGUGCAAACACUAGGAUUGGAAAGGAGAACUGAAAGUAGAGAAGUUGAAGAUAAUCCUGGUUUUAACCUCCUGAGGCAGCAUGCUGUGACAAUGCUCUUUCACUUCUGCUUUGUCCUGUUCCUAUAUCAGAUGCUUGCAAGGGUAAUAAAAAGCAGCAAGCAUAUCCUGUGGGUCAUGCCGAUUGCACUGAAUGUCUGUCCUGGUGGCCACCCACAACUGGCUCAGUCUCCUUGGGUCUUUAGAUACUGCAGAACCACUUCACAGUUGGAUUAUGCAAUCAGGAUCAUUCGUGCUGUCCUAGAGAAGUAUGGGACCUACGAGAGCUUUGAAGUCGCCACAGGCGGGAGGCUCCUGAGCAAGUGCCAGAUCUGGUCUGUGAUCCGAAAGUACAUGCAGAAGGAAGGCUGUGUGGGAGAGGUGGUGGUGCAGCUCACUGAUGACCUCCUUUCCCAGGCGGUGAUGAUGGUGGAGAACAGCCGGCCAACACUGGCCAUCAACCUGGCGGGGGCCCGGCAGCACUGGCUGGAGGGGAUGCUGCGCCAUGAGAUCGGCACCCACUACAUCCGGGGGGUGAACAACACCCACCAGCCCUGGCACAGCUCUGAGGGCCGCAAGCAGUACAGCCUGAAGCCUGCCAACCCCACGGAGGAAGGCUUGGCCAGCUUGCACAGCGUCCUCUUCCGCAAGCAGCCCUUCCUGUGGCGGGCAGCCCUGCUCUACUACACCAUUGAGCGCGCCAGCCGGCUCUCCUUCUCCGCCCUCUUCCAGGACCUGGAGCAGUAUGUUCAGGAUGCUGGCAUCCGGUGGGAAUACUGCGUGCGGGCAAAGAGGGGCCAGACCGACACCUCGAAGCCAGGCUGUUUCAGUAAGGACCAGGUCUACCUGGACGGGAUUCUUCGCAUCCUGCGCCAUCGGCAGACCAUUGACUUCCCAUUGCUGGCUGCACUUGGAAAGGUCUCCUAUGAAGAUGUGAAUCGGCUGAAGAAAUUUGGGGUCCUGGAGAAGGCCCGCAUCCCUCAUUUCAUGCAGGACCUGGAGCGGUACAUGAAGCAGCUGGACCACAUUGUCACCACCAACUGCCUAAAUGAGGAGGAGCUGCAGCAGCUGCUGCCUGACUGAGGAGCAGCAAACCCCCAAAGCUGGCACCCCAAGGGUGUAACUGCUGGGAUUUAUGUGAUACGUAUUGGGACUGGAGCCUGGAGGAGCGGGCAGAGCCUGGGCCUCCCCCUGUGCCCAGACGGCCACUGUGCAUGUUCCGCUGUGUAGGGUAGCGCUGGUGUGGUUCGUGUUGAUGUGUUGUGUCUCCCACACUGUCCCCUCAGCUCUUGCGGGGACGGCUGUGUGGUUCCACACAGCUCUGGGGAUCUGGAGAAGAGGGUUCAGAGGGAGCAAGAGCAAAGCUGCAGCAUGUGCUGGCACCCCAGAUGAGACUAUGUGGGGCAGUUGUAGUGGUGAGGGGAUGUCCUUAAGGUACAUAGGGUGCUCCCAGUAGAGUGGGGGGCACCUACUAAGGGCUUGGGUCUCUGGACUGUGCUGGCAGGGAAUAAGGGCUGGCCCAUGCCAACUGAUCACCCUGUGCAUGUGUUUCCCCUCCCUAUUCCUUCCCUCAUACAGCAGGAAGGACUCUAACCUCUCCAAAUCCCUGCUCUCCACCAAAGGUAUUUGCCCACCAUUAACCAUCGUCCUGCAGCCACGGCCUGGCUCUGAGGACUCAGGGUGGGCAUUGGACUUGUUAGAAAAAAGCAUGUAAUAAAACUGAUGUCAUGGAAACACUGUGUGGACAAUAGGUCGUGGCAAAGCUGCAUGGCCCCAAACUGCUGC